ACUUUUUAGUCCUUCCCGUCCUCUUAAGCGAAAUUUAUAUCAUUUGAAAACCCUAGCACUUGUCACUGCAGCAUCCCUGAACGUGAGAAAUGGAGUUCUCACAAAGCGACUUCGAUCGGUUGCUUCUCUUCGAGCAUACUCGAAAAUCCGCCGAGGCUGCCUACACGAAGGACCCUCUGGAUGCCGAUAAUCUCGCUAAGUGGGGUGCAUCAUUGAUUGAACUGUCUCAAUUUCAAACUGUUCCAGAAGCAAAGAAUAUGUUAAAUGAUGCAAUGACGAAAUUAGAGGAGGCUUUGUCUGUAAACCCUGCGAAGCAUGAUGCUUUGUGGUACCUGGGGAAUGCAAACACUUCUUUCGCAUUUAUGCUCUCUGACCUUGAUGAAGCAAAGGGUUAUUUCGAUAAAGCUGCUGUUUUUUUCCAAAAAGCAGUGAAUGAGGAUUCGACUAAUGAACUCUACCUCAAGUCUUUAGAAGUUGCUGCCAAGGCACCAGAGUUGCACAAGGAGAUCCAUAAGCAUGGAUUUAGUCAGCAGCAGAGUGGGGAUGGGGGAUCAUCUGCUUCUACUAAUGCAAAGAGUUCCAAGAAGAAGAAGAGCAGUGAUCUCAAGUAUGACAUUUUUGGAUGGAUAAUCCUUGCAGUUGGAAUCGUUGCAUGGGUGGGAAUGGCAAAAUCCCAUAUCCCUCCCCCUCCUCCAAGAUAAGCCCAUAAAUUUGCUCCAUGUUUAAAAUAACCGUGCCUGCCUUUGUUUUUUGUUCGAUGUUUUCAAAAUUUAUCAUGUAAUGAACCAAAUGAACACGGGAAGUUGUAGUAAAUUCAAUUUUGCAUGUGGAGACGUGGAGUUGUAGCCAUGCGUUUAUUUUUAUUCUUGCCGCUUAUUUGUUAAGUUGAUCAUAUCUUCUUAAAUUAUGACUUUUAAUCAUAGGUAUGUUCACCAUGUACCGUAUUAUUGUAUCUGAAAGAGGAAAACUAUUAUGUCUUUAUCAUCUUCUAUGGCUGUAGGCAAUGUUUUGUGUUUUCAUU